GGGAGAAGCUGCCCAGGGUCUGAGAGGAAAUGAACAGGUCGAUGAGCAGGAGGGAGCAGAAGAAUUCCCCUACUGCACCAUGAUAGACAUGUUAUUGAAGAGACAUGGAGCCUGUAUUCCGCACCAUGAACCCCAGCUGUAUCGUGCUGUAGCCACUGAAACCAAGUCUAUACCAGGGUUCAGCAUCCUGCCUUUCCCUGAUUUCUGGGGUCAUGUCCCUCCACCAAGACAUGAACCCAUGGUCCCUCGCAAACCCAACAUACAGAGGAAGAAAGUGUUUGAAGAUGUCCAACGUUUCUUGAAUACUGCUGACAUCAUCAACCAGGUAGUCUAUGACCUAGAAGACAGCAGCCUUCAGUGUCUGUCUGAUUCUCUGAGGUUUUUCUCUAACUUUGAGUGUGGGAACUUGAGGAAGGCUGUUCAUAUCCGCAGAUAUGAAUAUGACCUCAUAUUGAAUGCAGAUGCCAACUGCUCCCAGCACACCCAGUGGUUUUACUUUGAAGUCAGUAAUAUGGUGGCAGAUGUCCACUACCGUUUUAAUGUCAUCAACUGUGAGAAGAGCAACAGCCAAUUCAACUAUGGAAUGCAGCCAGUGCUGUACUCAGUAAGGGAAGCUCUGGAAGGUAGACCACACUGGACCAGGACUGGAACUGAAAUUUGUUAUUUCAGAAACCACUUUUGUCCAGCUCAAGGAAGAAGUAGAACAAACUUUUAUACUCUGACCUUUACCAUCACCUUCAAACACAACGAAGAUGUCUGCUACCUGGCCUACCAUUAUCCUUACACAUACUCUGCCAUGAAGGCUCAUCUGAAUGUGCUGCAAAAAUCUGUAGACCCUGCCAUUGUGUUUUUCCGGCAGCAGAUUCUUUGUACCACUUUGGCUGGAAACUUCUGUCCAGUGGUCACCAUCACCGCAAGUCCUGCCAGCAGAGCCUGCAAAGACAUGCACCAGCUACGUAAUCGUCCCUGUAUCGUGUUGACAAGCCGUGUCCAUCCUGGUGAGUCCAAUGCCAGCUGGGUUAUGAAGGGAACCCUUGAAUUUCUGUGCAGCAAUGACCUGGUAGCUCAGAGUCUGAGGGAAGCCUUUGUCUUCAAGAUCAUCCCAAUGCUCAACCCGGAUGGAGUCAUCAAUGGCACGAAUCGCUGUGAUCUUAACAGUAAAGAUCUGAAUCGUCAGUGGUGUAAACCAGACCCCAUCCUCAGUCCAACCAUCUACCACACAAAAGGCUUCCUCUACUACCUCAACAGUAUAGGGCGGACUCCACUGGUUUUCUGUGACUACCACGGCCACUCUAGAAAGAAGAAUGUGUUCCUGUAUGGCUGCAGUGUGAAGGAGACUCUCUGGCAGUCUGGAUCUGGAGUUGACACUGUAGGAUUAAAAGAGGACCCUGGAUAUAGGACCAUUCCAAAGACCCUGGAUCGUAUUGCACCUGCCUUUUCUUUCAACAGCUGCAACUAUUUGGUGGAGAAGUCUCGCUCUGCCACAGCCAGGGUGGUUGUCUGGAGGGAGAUGGGUGUGCUAAGAAGUUACACAAUGGAGAGUACUUACAAUGGUUGUGACCAGGGAAUAUACAAGGGCCUGCAGACAGGAACCAAGGAGCUGCAGGAGAUGGGCCUGAAAUUCUGCCAAAGUCUGCUGUCUGUAUCCAAAGACGUGACAGCUGUUUAUGGCAGGAGACUCAUCAACCACAUUGACCUGGAUCAUAACAUCCUUGACCACAAGUCUCACAACCCGAGGUCCUGCAAUGUUAAGCCUGAUGCCUUGUCUCGCCAAUUCCUGAAUGAAGAGGAGGAAUCGGCUUCGGGUUCAGAUACCAUCCUUCCGUCCGAUGGCCUGGUUGCUGCCCUCACCUGGGGGGUCAAGGAGAGAGUUAAAGCAGCCUUGGAGAACCCACCGGGGCCCAACGCCUGCCCUCCCGACCGUUUCUUCGUCCCGGCUGCUCUGCGGCCUGAGGUUCUCCAGUGGGCCCACAGCACACACCUCACCGGUCACCCGGGGAUCCACCGGACCAAGGAAGUACUGCAGCGGAGGUUCUUGUGGGCCUCUCUGGACCAGGACACCCAGGAAUUUGUCAAAGCCUGCCCGCCUGUAGCGAACACAAACCCUCCCAUCAGGCCCCUGCUGGACUCCUGCAACCUCUCCCUGUUCCCCAUUGCCCUUGUUCCCACAUCUCUCUAGAUUUUGUCACGGGUCUACCACCUUCUCAGGGCCAUACCGUUGCGGAUCGGUUAAGCAAGAUGGCUCAUUUCAUUCCCCUGCCCAAGCUCCCCUCAGCUAAGGAAACGGCUGAACUGGUCCUCCAGUACGUCUUUCGCCUCCACAGCCUUCCUGUCGACAUGGUGUCUGAUCAACGACCCCAGUUCUUGUCUGUGUUCUAGAGGGCUUUCUGCACCCUCAUUGGGGCCUCGGCUAGCCUGUCCUCUGGGUUCCACCCUC